UGCCCCCCACACUGUGCUAUACACUCCUUGUGUUGUCAUCCGAACCGGGAAUUGUCUGUGCUUCAGGAACAAAGUACUUCUACUACUAACUAGAAAUGGCACCCAAGAAGGACGCUAAGGCACCUGCCGCAAAGGCUCCUGCUGCAGCAGCAGCACCUGCACCCGCACCUGAGCCAGCACCUGCUCCAGCUGCAGUUCCAGCUGUCGACCUGUCCGCCGUCAAGAUCGACUUCAGCCCAGACCAGAUUGAUGACUACAGGGAGGCCUUUGGUCUGUUCGACAGGGUGGGUGACAACAAGGUGGCGUACAACCAGAUCGCUGACAUCAUGCGUGCUCUGGGACAGAACCCCACCAACAAGGAGGUGGCCAAACUGCUGGGAAUGCCCUCCGCUGAAGACAUGGCCGGCAAGAGAGUAGAGUUCGAGGGCUUCCUGCCCAUGAUCCAGACCAUUGUCAACAGCCCAAACAAGGCGCAGUUUGAGGACUACGUUGAGGGUCUGCGUGUCUUUGACAAGGAGGGCAACGGCACAGUGAUGGGCGCUGAGCUGCGUAUUGUUCUGUCAACACUGGGAGAGAAGAUGACUGAGACUGAGAUUGAUGCUCUCAUGACAGGACAGGAGGAUGAGAACGGCUGUGUCAACUAUGAGGCCUUUGUCAAGCACAUCAUGUCUGUGUAAGGACCCUGCCUCUGCGGUGGUGAGCAUCGUAUAUGCGCAGACCCCAUGGUGUCGCGACAUCCACUCGCUGUUUUCCUGUACCACCUGAGGACGCAGGGGGAACAAAGGACUAUGAGAUGUCAUUUCCUGAACCCUUCUUUUGUUUUGUUCUACACUUUUUGUGUCCAACUGGUGCUUUUUUUCCCCUCUCCUCCUCAUCCUCCUUCUAUUCGGGAAGCUGUCCUGAUUUCCCACGAGAAGUUUUUUUUCCUCAUCUUUCUCCCCCGUCUCAUUGGAGAUUUCUAUCAUCACUGGUUUUCAAAUUUGAGCAGAGAUGGAGGGGGCGGUGGGAUCAUGACGACCACCCCCUCCCGUCACUUUACGGUCUGGCUGGCUCUCUAUCUGCCAGUGAAGUGACUGCUCUGGCCCAGGACUGGCCAUCAAAAUGAAUCCACUCCUCGUCCAACCCACCCCUAUAGGUCUUAACUUAUUGUAUCCUCUGCCACAAUAAACUUUUCACAAACUCCCA